AUGGUGGUCUCAGGCAGUGAUACAAUGGUGCUUUUCUUCUCUAAGGAAAGGGCUGUGGAGAUUAGGAAGGUCAACAGUGUUGCAACUUGUAUAAGUGCAGUGGAAGGAAUUGUUUAUCUGAUAUCAGCUCUCAGUAAUGUGGAACAUAGCAGUGUGCUGCUGACUGUCUCUGCUCGAGAUGGAGGUGGUCUUUGUUCAGUUGUUAACGCAGUUGUGACUGUGAGGAUCCUCCAAACUGACAUGGCUCCUGCCGUAUUUGAGCGAUCACGCUAUACAUUUUCUGUCCCUGAAGAUCUCCCUGAAGGCAGUGCUGUAGGAACAGUCAAAGCAAGGGAGCCUUUGAAUUUCUUGGAAACAAUUUCAUACAGAAUUUCCUCUGGCGAUCCCUACGGGAGAUUCUCCAUUGACUCUCAAUAUGGCAUUAUCCGCACCAAAAAAUUGCUUGACCAUGAAACCCAUUGCCACACAGUUCUUACAGUGCAAUCACAGUUGGGGAGCUUCCCUGUCUACAGCAAUGUUCAGGUCAACAUAACUGUGAUAGAUGUCAAUGACAACCCUCCGGUGUUUGUUACAGAAUCUGAUAAUAUACGUAUAUCACAUAGCACAGUAUCUGGCACAGCUCUGUACAUUGCUCAUGCAGAAGACAAAGACAGUGGGCUAAACGGAGUGAUCCGAUACACUAUUGUGAGCAAUCAAUCAGGUAUUUUUACCAUUGAUCCAGUUCUUGGAGUGCUGUAUCUUGCCAAGACUCUGGAUACCAGUAAGCAGAAAGAGUACACAAUACGCAUUGCAGCUGAAGAUCAUGGAAGUCCUCCGCUGAGUUCUUUGAUGGUCCUGACUGUGAUUGUCGAUGAACAGAAGGCACACCCCAUCUUGAGUUUUGAAAAUUUGGUCUAUCACGUGGAUGUCAGAGAGACAUGUUCCAUAGGUGCCAUAAUUCUUCAAGUACAAGCCCGGACGUUAGAUCCACAAUAUACCCCUGGGCUAUUUGUGUAUUCCUUAGAGCAUAACAAAGAUUCUGCUUCAUUUAGAAUUGACCCCAAAACAGGCAGCAUUUACCUACGAAAUCCCUUAGACUAUGAGCUAACUCAGUCACACAGUUUUAGAGCCUGUGUUACUAGCCCAAUGGAUAAGUCAGGGCGAAAUGCAAGUACAUCAGUAAUUGUUAACGUCCUUGACGAAAAUGACAAUUCUCCUGUGUUCAUGCGUGAUGUCUAUUUUUUGGAAAUUGAAGAAAGUUCAUUGCCCCACGGUGUGGUUGGCACACUCACAGCAGUGGACAAGGACUCUGGGAGAAAUGGGCAGCUCUCCUAUUUCCUCUUAUCUGAUGGCAAAUAUUUCAAAAUCAAUUCCAACACAGGUGAAAUUAUAAACUGGGUUGCAUUAGACUACGAGCAACAAACCCACCACCAACUGGUUGUACUCGUGACCGACCACGGUGCUCCUCCACUUAAUGCCACAGUAACGGCCUAUAUUUCAGUUACUGACCUGAAUGAUAACCAUCCCUGCUUCCCUCAGUUUUCUGCUGGAACAGAGUUCAGCAUCAAGGUACUGGAAGGGCAACCAGCAGGAACACUAGUUGCCACUCUACAUGCCAAGGAUCUUGAUUCUGGAAACAAUGGCAUGGUGUCAUAUUCAUUGUCAUCAGGAGAAAGUUUAGGUCACUUUCAGAUUGACGGCAGUAGUGGUGAGUUAAGAACUACUGAAGCUCUUUUAUAUAAUUGGAGGUCGACCUACAGAAUGGUAAUCACUGCAGCUGAUCAGGGAAUCCCUUCACUUCAAGGACAAAUGGACAUCAAUGUUGAGGUAAUUCCACUUCCUAAAGGGAGUUCUGUUUCUUUCCAAAACAUCAGACAUUUUGUCAUACCAGAAAAUUUUAGGCCUGCACAGGUGCUGGGCUCUCUAAGAGUGCCUGGUCAACAUCUGUCUACCAGUAAAAAGCAGCGCUACAGCAUUUCAGAAGAAGACUCUGAUGUUCCAUUUGAAGUCGACAGCUCCUGUGGGGAUCUUCUUCUUUCCAAAGAACUAGAUUAUGAAACAGCAUCUCACUACUUCUUUAGGGUGAUUGUAAAUGAUGAUCAGAAUAGUCGUCCACAAAGUAGUACCAUUUUUGUCAGUAUUGAUGUUGAAGAUCGAAAUGACCACUCGCCUUCUUUCCAGAAUGACUUUGUUGUGAUUGGCAUAGAGGAAAACGUGCCCGUUGGCACUUUGGUGCAUACAUUCAAUGCAAAAGAUGGAGACGGCAGUUUUAUGAACAGCAACAUACAGUAUUCUGUACACAGGAAUAACUUCAGUGAAAAUCCAUUUCUCAUCCAUCCUUUUUAUGGUAGCUUAAUCACAGCAGUUCCCCUCGACCAAGAGAUGGUGCAGUCUGUUAUCCUGACAGUUGUGGCAACCGAUCAAGCUGUAAACUUGACUGACCGCCGACAAGGUUCACUGACUGCCAAAAUAAUUAUUUUGGAUGUCAAUGACAACCACCCUACCUUUGUUUCAUCACCUCUCUCCUACAUUAGAGAGGAUGUAGAGACAGGCUCCACAGUACACUGCAUAGUUGCUCAUGAUCCAGACCAAGGAAGGAAUGGACAAAUUACAUAUUCUCUUCUCUCAAGUAAUGAAGACCAGGUGUUUGCACUAGACAAAUCUUCAGGACUGCUAACAAUCACCUUUGCUUUGGACCGUGAAAACCAAGAGUAUUACAACGUGACCAUUGUGGCCGUGGAUGAUGGCACUCCAGCACUGUCUGCAACUCAGAUUCUGACAGUAAUUGUUCUUGAUGUAAAUGAUGAGCCACCAGUGUUUACAAAAGAUCAAUAUCAAGCUUCCAUCUAUGAAAAUGAAAAUCCAGGAGAGCUUGUCAUAAAAAUAGAAGCUACAGAUAAAGAUUCAGGAACCAAUUCUCUGCUUCAGUAUGAAAUUUUUCCAGGACCUGGGCAUGAGAUUUUUCAGAUAAACUCUGAUACUGGUGAGAUUACAACAGCCAUUUCACUUGACAGGGAAGCACAAGAGAUCUUCACUAUUAAAGUGCUGGUUCGAGACAGUGGAAGCCCCGUUUUAUCCAGCACAGCAUCAGUUGUCAUCAGAAUACUGGAUACAAAUGACCACACUCCCAAGUUCCUCCUUCCUGUUUCCGAGAUUCAGAUUCUGGAGAAUCAAGACCCUUCAGUAAUAUCAACUAUACUGGCUGUGGACAUGGAUGCUGGCAGUAAUGGAACUGUGCAAUGUCACAUCAUUGAUGGAAACAUUAGAGGAUACUUUGCUUUGAAUGAAACUUCUGGAGACCUCUCCACCACUUGUGGCUUGGACAGAGAGAUUGUCAGCAACUUUACUAUCAAUAUUGAGUGCUCUGACUUGGGCAAUCCACAGAAAAGCUCCAUGACCCAUGUACAGAUCACAGUCCUUGAUGAAAAUGACAACAGUCCUUUGUUUGCAAGGAACCACUAUCAAACCUCUGUGAGAGAAGACCUUGGAGAAGGAUCAGCAGUUCUUGAACUGCAUGCUAUUGAUGGAGAUGAAGGCCCAAAUGGAGAGGUUAGAUACGCUAUUAUGGAUGAUACCCUUGGAGCAUUUACCAUUAACUGUAUUACUGGCACAGUAACUACUAAAAAACCACUGGACCAGGAGAAAAAAUCUCACUAUGUGUUCAGGGUGGUGGCAACUGACUUGGGAAUCCUGGGACCAAGAACCAGUAGCGUUACUGUCACUGUGGACAUUGAGGAUGUCAACGACAAUAGCCCUUUUUUCCUACAGAAUCCUGUCAAAGCUUCUGUACCUUUUCAAACAUCUGUGAAUCAGACCAUAGCUACUGUGAAGGCCAGUGACUUAGACCUGGGUCUGAAUGGUGCUGUGAAUUUUAUGUUUGAAACACCAGAAACCAUGCUUCAGAUGGACCCAAAUACAGGAGAAAUCUUUCUUCGAAAACCUGUACCUCAUGAGGGUUUUGUUACCUACCUCCUCAUAUUGGCUUCCGAUCAAGGAGUUCCAGCUAGAACAGCUACUGCUGUUUUGGCCAUCUCUUCUGAAACCCUAAGAGAGACUAUUUCAUUCAGUCACAGCCAGUAUGAAGUAACCGUGCCUGAAAACACUGAAAAAGGUGUAAUCACAGUAGAGAAACCAGAAUUUCUUGACUAUGAAGUCAGGCAGAAGUUACAUUUUACAGUCUUAGCUGACAAUGGCCUGAGCUCAGUGCUGUGUGGAAUGACAGUAUUUAUACAAGACAUGAAUGAUAAUGCGCCUCAAUUUGAACAAAGCUGUUUCACAGCAUCAGUGUGGGAAGGCCAGCUCACCAGCACAUAUAUCAUGCAGAUCUAUGCAACAGAUGCUGACAGUGGAAUAAAUGGGGAACUUAAAUAUUCAAUUAUAUCUGGCAACACAAAUGAAGCAUUUCUCAUUGAUUCAGCACAAGGAAUUAUAUCAGCCUACACAGUCUUCAAUCGGGAAGACAUUUCAUCAUACAGGUUGGUUUUACAAGCUGUUGAUGGGGGAACUCCCAGGCUAUCAGCUACGAGCACAAUAGAAAUACAAGUAGUGGAUGUCAAUGAUAACGUUCCAACUAUCCAGCCACUAGGCACAGUGGAACUCCCUGAAAAUACUCCACUUGGCUUCCUUGUGAUGCAAGUUUUGGCAGAUGAUGCGGACCUGGGCCCACCUCUUCACUACAGUUUUGCUGAGGGUGGUAAUCCUGGAAGGAAAUUUGCAAUUGACAAGUACAAGGGAAAAAUCACAUUGGUGCAGGCGUUAGACUUUGAAGAAAUUGCUCAGCUUGAACUGUUAAUCAGAGUUUCUGAUUCUGUGCAUCAAACCACAGAAAAACUUUUAAUCCUUAUAUCUGAUAUAAAUGAUAAUCCACCAGUUUUUACUCAGGAUGCAUAUCAGGUGAUGAUCCCAGAACUCACAACUAUAAAUGCUUCUGUCUUAACCGUGUGUGCCACAGACAGAGAUUCAGAGUAUAAUGGAAAGAUAUCCUACAGAAUUCUCACAUCCUCUGAUGCAUUUUCUAUGGAUCCAAAAAAUGGAUCACUAUUUUUGACUAAGCCAGUGAUGUACCAGGACAAAAAUCCAAUUAUUCAGCUCCUAGUAGAAGCCAUUGACCAUGGAAAUCCUCCUUUGACUGCCAUUACUUCAGUGAUUGUACAUAUACAGGAUGUGAAUAAUUAUGCGCCUCAGUUUACAAUGGCAGCAUAUAAUCUCAGUGUAAGAGAAAAUAUGUCCAUUGGAGUGAAACUGCUCACAUUUUCUGCUAUUGACAAUGACAUGACACAUGAAAAUAGUUACAUUGAAUAUGCCAUUAUUGGGGGUAAUGGUAGUAACAAAUUUCUUGUGGAAAUGUGUGUCAUUGAACCACAAUCUCCAAAUAAAGUGGUUGGAAAUCUUGUGCUAAGAAGCCUUCUAAACAGAGAGAAAGUGUCGUUUUACCAGUUAUUAAUUCUUGCAUCUGACCACGGAACUCCUCUUCUAAACUCCACAGCUACUGUAGCCAUCACUGUUUUAGAUGUUAAUGACAAUCCACCUGUAUUUACCAGCUUGGAAUACCGUGUUCAUGUUAGAGAAAGUACCCCAGUAGGAAGUCAUAUUACUGUGGUUUCAGCAAGUGAUUAUGAUGCUGGUUCUAAUGCAGAGGUCACUUACAGUAUUGUCUCUGGAAAUGACAAGGAACAUUUUCGAUUAGAUGGGAAAACUGGCUCCCUUGAUCUGGUCCGACCUCUGGAUUAUGAAGAAACAAUAACAUUCAGUUUGACUAUUCAAGCCUGUGAUGGAGGAACGGAUAUAAAAAAUAUGGCUUUUGCUACUGUUUUUGUCAGUGUUCUUGAUGAUAAUGAUUAUGCACCAAUAUUUGUAUUCCCCAACGUGGAUUGCAGAGUACAUGAAAAUCUUCCCCCUUUUUCUUCUGUGUGCACAAUCUCUGCAUUAGAUUUUGAUACUGGCCCCUAUGGUCAUCUUUCUUACUUCAUCCAGUCACCGUGUUUGUCUGGCCGUGGAACUUCUGUUGAUGAUGACAUGUUCCUCAUAGAUCCUCUGACUGGGGCUAUCCGUACUAAACAAGUCCUUGACUUUGAACAUCAGAAUAAAUAUUGCUUUGUAGCUCAGGCAAGAGACAAGAGCGAUGCCACAGCCACUGUUACAGUUCAGGUGACAGUUGAAGGAACAGAUGAAUUUGACCCAGUUUUUAACAAAGACCUGUAUCUUUUUGGUUUUCCUGAAAUGAAUGAAGCAGGGCAGCUGGUCGGCAGAGUGUCAGCAUCAGAUUAUGACAGAGGAUUGGAUGGUGUCAUUCGUUACAGUCUGCUAAAACCAUCCCCUUUCUUUUCUGUGAACCAAAGCAGCGGGGCUAUCUAUUUGACUAAAUCUUUUCACAGGAAAAGGAGCAGCAUGAAGAGAAAAGAAGGCACCCUUGAACUGCUUAUAAAAGCUCAUAGCCCCAAACUGGACUCUAAAUUUAGCAUAUGCACAGUUCUGGUGAACAUUUCUAGUACCCCGGAGAACUCUUCCAUGUUGGCACCGCACACCUUGACCAUUGGUAUUGUUGCCUUUACAGUCCUGUUCCUCUUUCUUGCCAUCAGCCUUGCAAUGCUCAUUGUGAGAUACAGACAAAAAGAUGCAGUGAACUCCAGUGAGAAAAAAGAGAUCCCAUGCGGCUCAGCAACAGAUUUGAGUGCAGGUAAUGAAAGCAGUGCCCCUGAAGCUGCCCAGAAUACUCCAGUCCCUGCAACAAGCACCCUUCCCAUAAGCUCCAUAGCUGAAUGGCUAAGUUUGGUUGGCUUUAGAGAAAGGAAGGAUAUGGCUAAUCCUUGCAGGCAUUCAGACUCCAGUGGCCAUGGCUCUGCAGAAGGAGAAACAGCAGAAGAUGAGGAAAUACAGAGGAUUAAUGAGCAUCCUUGCCGGAAGGGUUCUGAAUCAGCUUUAAGCGACCGAGGCUCACGGAUACCAGACUCGGGAAUUCCCAGGGACUCUGAUCAGCUUUCAUGUCAGUCUGGAGAGACAGAUGUGGUUGGUGUGAGUCAAAGUGCAGAGACUAUCCCAAUCUUCAGAGAUGGAGGCAGAGGAGAGGAAAGAGAUUGGGACACCAGGUAUACUAGCAAUAAUACAUCAUUACUUCAGAACAUGGGAAUAAAGGAAAUGGACGUCAUGACAGGCAUUGCACGAGAAUGUAACUUCAUACCUGAUGGCCAGAUCUCCCAUUAUGGAUCUCUUGCUACCCUAGUAGACUCUGAUGAGGAUCUUAGAGGCAGUUAUAACUGGGAUUACUUGCUGAAUUGGGAACCCAGAUUUAAACCUCUCGCAUCUGUGUUCAGUGAUAUUGCAGAACUGAAAGAUGAAAGCAUAAAAACAUACAGCCUUCCAAAGGAGAAGAAAUCUUUCAUUUUCCCCCCUCCCUUGAUUACUUCUGUAGCUCAACCUGGUUUAAAGACAGUCCCCCCACGAAUGCCCACUCUACAGCCUGGUCAGGCAUUUAAAAACUGCCCUCACUCACCCCUCCUCCAUAACCUAAGAUAUCCUCCAUCAGCCAUGACUCCUAGUUUUUCUCCUUCUCUGUCCCUGCUUACAGUGCAGACCCCUGUGGCCUCCCCACUAACUUCACACCCUAGCCUAAGGGGGAUGUGCCCAGGUGGGCCAACAUGUGAACUUUUAACAGAAGAAGAAAUUCAAGUGUAGGUUGUUUAU